GCAAAAGCCUGCGAAAACGAAUAAAAAUGAUAAACGUCUGAAAAGCUGUUAAUUGUUUCUGGUGUUUUCGAAAGUUAUCUUUACAAAAAAGAACAAGCCGUGAUGGAUACAAGCGUCGAAGACUUGAAUGAAAGCAUGACUGAUGUGAUCGAGCGCGCAGAAGCUUAUCUAUCAGCACAUUCCAGUCUUUCGAACCGAAAUACGUUAGAUCAAUCAAUUGAAAACCUGUUCGAUAGUACAAUCACCGAAAGAUCAUUCGAGACAGCCCAUGAAACAUCAGAUUGUUCAGAAGCUCACACUAGUAGCAACGAAAAUCCUAGGAAUAUUGCAAAAAAUGACAGUGCAACUUUCAAUAGAGUUUCGAUCACCGCAACUGGAAAUAGUCGUCCCGAACAAGAGGAGAUUGAAGUACUAAGUGAUGAUUCGGAUGAUACCGUUUUGUAUAAUGUAGUUCACGAAGAAGCACCAAAUCCACAACGGAAUGGAGAUGCAGACAAUGAUGAUUGCAUUGUAACAGCGGAGACAAACCGGGAACCCAUUCCAACGGUUGCAACUAUAGAUCUAAGUUCAACCAUUGACGAAAAUAUGGAAACGCUCUCCAGGCAGAGAAGGAGGAAUCGACGUAGGAGACUGGAUAUUAAUGUACCAAUUGUGGAGUCAAUUACUCUUGAUGAUUCAAUUAGCGAUAUGCAGCCAUAUAGUCAUGAACCAGGAAACGCUGGAGGAAUCGUUUAUAGUUCUCCACCUAAGCGCACUAAGACAACUGCAGUAGACCUGGAAUCCUCUUCGGAAGGCGGAGCCUCAUCCAACUCGAUUAUCUGCCCGAUUUGUUUUGAUUCAAUAUUCAAGAAAGAUCCGUCGUCAACCAUCUGUGGGCAUCUUUUUUGUUAUUCUUGUAUCAGUCAGGAAAUUCAACUGAGAAAAAAAUGUCCAUUGUGCAAAAGGAAGUUGACACGGGCUCAGGUACACCCGAUAUAUUUUAGUUAAAUUGAGAUUUGUGAUAUUAAGAUGCUGUGCAUAGACUGACUCACUGAGUGUAUACAAACCUUCGAGGACCAUUUUAUUUUUUUCCAUCACAUAGUAUAGAAUCUUUCGUUCCAUAUAAUUACGAUUCUCUGUUCGAUCUUUGAAUUAGUUUUAUCAAGUUUUGCUUCCCUUCCCUAAUGACAAGGUAUGCUAAGUUAUGUGUUCAAACAAUAAUUGUAGAGUUAAAACGAUCGAUUCUAGAAUAAACAAAUUUGUUUUACAACGAGAAGCUUUACCUACGUAAAUUCCGUUAUACCUGGCUGAGCACCUAGAGAUCAUUCGAAACUCUAUUUUGCCCUCACCAAAUUCGAUGUCAUUAUACUAUGGGCCUGAUCAUGAACAUUACUGCCACAUACGCUUACACUUCACUUAAUCUUAUUGUGGGCCUGAUCACGAACAUCACUGCCACAUACGCUUUCACGUCACUUACACUUCACUUAAUCUUUUUGUGUCUAUCAUUAUUGCCACGGACAGUUACGUGUAAAAAUGAACUCGGUGAGGUUAGGUGCAAGUGUUCAUUCCCGUUUAUAAGAGACAUGUCAAUUGCUGAUUGUAAUAGAACGUGAAUAAAAGGGCGUUUGAACGUUAUGUCGGUUGCAUAAUUUCGGACGAUUGAACGUUUUGUAGGUACAACUUGUAUGCGAUAAUAUUCCAUUAAAUUAAGCGCAUGUUUUAGAAUGACGAGUUUGCGAUUAUACUUCGAUGAUUCGGUAUUUCAAUACCAACUAUUCGGACUCAUCCCACGAUUUAUUUGCUUGGUGCGUUAGUUUGCCGAAUCAAACGCUGGUUCAAAGAUGAGGAGGAAUACUUGGAUGCUCGUGAAAAAUAUAGUUGUUGAACAUAUGGGAUUGUAAUUUUAUUUUCUCUUUGUAUUAAUUACUGUAGAGAUAUAACAUGACUAUUAUGUUUAAUAAUCGACAUCUCGCAUACUCUUGUUCUUAGCUCUGUCUUACUCGUUUGAAUAGUGAGAAGUAUUUAGUGUAGGUCAAGGUUAGAAUAAUUUUUUAAGAAUCGUUUGUACAAUUUUGAUGAAUAAUAAUAUCUUCUAUAUCUCAGAACAAACC